UAGGGCAGCCCAGCCUUCCCUACCCUACCCUUAGGGCAGCCCAGCCUACCCUACCCUACCCUUAGGGCAGCCCAGCCUACCCUACCCUACCCUUAGGGCAGCCCAGCCUACCCUACCCUACCCUUAGGGCAGCCCAGCCUACCCUACCCUUAGGGCAGCCCAGCCUACCCUACCCUUAGGGCAGCCCAGCCUACCCUACCCUACCCUUAGGGCAGCCCAGCCUACCCUACCCUACCCUUAGGGCAGCCCAGCCUACCCUACCCUUCCCUUAGGGUAGCGAGCUCUCAGGAGGGCCCCGCCCCGCGCCCGGGGGGGCCAUCACUCGCCUCCGGACUGGGCAGUCUUGUCUGGCUGCACAGCUUCAUCUCCUACGGUUGGAUACAAGGACUGCUGUAUGGGAAACAGGCAUAACUGUGAAUGUCAUUUCAGCUGUUUCCAGAGACCAGGAAUUUUCAUGUGCAAGUGAUGGACAUAAAAAUGUGUGUACAUUCUUCAAAUUUAAAUUGCAAUAGAAACAAAAAACUUUUAUUCUAUUUCCUAUACUAAGGAGAUACAAUAUAUGAGAUGCACAACCAUCUGAUUUGUCAGCUUUAGAGUACAGUACAAAGAAAACAUGUCUUCGAAGUGUUCAGAGUGUGGAAAGGAGUUUUCUUUCAUAUAUGCACUUAGCAUCCAUAUGCGUAUCCACACAGGAGAGAAACCUUUUAAGUGUGAUAAGUGUGAGGAGAGGUUCAUGUUGAAAAAAGAUCUUCAGCAACAUUCUGUUCAACACAUUGAGCUCAAACCUAACAAAUGUACAGUGUGUGGGAAAAGUUAUUCACAUAGCAAUGCUCUGGAAAUACAUAUGUGCAUCCACACUGGGGAGAAACCUUACCAGUGUAAGCGCUGUUAUAAAGCAUAUUUGAGAAAAAAUGAACUUCAAAGCCACAUGGUAUGGCAUAGCAAAUUAAAAUAUAAAUGUCCAAUAUGUGGCAAAGGUUUCACGGAGAGCAAGUACUUAAAACAACAUGUCUGUGCACGCUUAAGAAAAAAAUGCAAAAUUUGUCUGAAGUGCAAUGAAUCAUUUUGUGGUAAUUUUACUCUUAAAAAUCACACCGUUAUUUGUAAAGAAAUAAAUAAGUUUAUAAAUUGUUUAUACUGUAACAAAGAGUUUAGUAGUGAUUCUAACCUUAAAAGACACAUGAAAAUUCAUACUAGAGAAAAAUCUAUCAGGUGCUUCAUAUGUAAAAAUACCUUUAUAAGGUUAGAUGAACUUGAAAAACAUCUGACCUCGCCCAAUAUAGGCAUGUCUCAGAAAUGUGAGAAUUGUGAAGACUAUUUCAAAUCCUGUGCGGCUUUUAAGUUACACAUUGAUAAUUGCCAUGUUAAGAAAGAAAGACAUGGCUGUUGUUUGCAUUCAAGAGAGAAUUCUGCCAAUUGUUCAGAAAAAGGAAAUGGAUUUUCAUUUGAUGUAUUUGAAGGAGACAUUCAGACUCAUAAUAGGAAAGGUUUUAAAACAUUCUCUGAUGACAGUCACAGACUCCACUAUACAGAGAAAUCAUCUGCAAUACUUGAAGCUUCAACAAAUAUUGAUUCCCUUAGUGACAGAGAAGCUUCUAGCGAGGAAAGGAAAUUUAAUACAGAAACAAUUUAUGUACCUGAUGAAGAUAUCAAAAUUGAACCACAAACCUACAUCAAAGAUGAAAUAACAGUGAAUGAUGUUUUUGGUAAAGAGGAGAUAGAGUCUUAUGAUUAACAUGUUUAGCUUGACAUAAUUUAACAUAAGGUUCCCAUACAUCCAUAGGGUAAAGUCGCUGGUCUCUGGGCACUUUAGAAAGUUACCGACAUUGUCAGUGGACUAAAAUAUAGUUAGGUCAUAGUAAAAAAUGACAGGGUCUAGGAUACUUAUCUGGGACGAGUUCUGGGGGUUAUUCUACUCCCCCAAGCCUAGCUGGGGGUCAGGUGUCUUGUGAUUACUCGAUCUGAAAAGCCGUUGCAUGGAGCCGCCUGUGGCCCACUUGCCUGUCGUUGACUAUGAGGAAAUGAUGUCCAGUUCUUUAUGCCCCACAUAUUAGCUUUGUACCUGUUAUAAUUUUAACUCUUCUGGCAUUUGAAUUUUGUUGAGUCUGGCCUUAAAGUUGUGGCUGGAGGUGGCUUCCACACCUACUUAUUUCAGUACAUUCCACUUGUUGAUCACCCCUAUGAGUGACGGGGCUUGCAAACACACAUGCCAGAUAGUCUUUAUUUUGUAAAUUUAAUUACAAUACUGUAUAUAGGAUGUAAGGAAGGUCAUUAUCAGGAAAAAGCACUAAGAUAACACUUGGAAGGGAUAAGGAUUUAAACUAGAAUGAUUGGUGCCGAACCAUUUGGCUGGAUGGGGAUUGAUUGCAAACCAACAAGAUGCUAUGUAGCAUGUAGCCAUACCUCAUUUUAACUAGAACGAUUUGAAUAUGUUCUCCUGCCCACACAUCUCUCAGCACACAGACAGGGGUAAUGUUGGCAGCAUAUAAGAAGCUUGUGAACAUUAAAACAUCAUUAAAAUACCUAAAUAAGAAUCAUUCCUAGGGAAUCUUCACAGCCUAUGUUAGACUGUUAUUGGAAUAUGCAGAACUGGCCUAGAAUUCAUGCCAUGUGAAGCACAAAAGGUGAAAAACUGCAGAGGUUUGUAAACAAGAUCAGUGUUGGAACUAAGAUGGUUAAGCUGUAAGGAAAAUAAAUAUCACAACUCUAGAUUAGAGAAGAGAAUAAAUUGAUCAGAUAUGAUUACAACAUAAUACAGUGGAACCUCGAGUGACAAGUGCCUCCAUCUACGAGCAUUUCGAGUAAUGAGCAAGCCACUCGCUGAAAAUUUGUCUUGAUUGAUGAGCUUCGCCUCUAUUAGCGAGAAAACCAUUCCUAGCAUCCAGCAUUCCCGCUGGUUCUCGGAAAUUCUCGGACACCUCUGACUAGGCAAAUAAAAAAAAAUCAUUUAAAAUGCUAAUGAUGCUGGGAUGUAAGGGGGUGACUGCUCUAAUGUUGCAAAGCAUUGAUUUUUUUUUUAGAAAAAAUAAAAAAAAUGAAAAAAUUGAAAAAAAAGAACUAAUGUCAAAAAGAUUCGUUCAGUGUAUAACGGGUAGGCUGCUCCAUUAUUUAAAAAAUUGAAUAUUAUAUUGAUGUUUUUCGGUGGUGGAACAGAUUAAUUUUAUUUCCAUUAUUUUAAAUGGAGAAAUUCGUUUCGAAAGACGAGCGUUUCACAUGGCGAGCUCGGUGCCAGAACGGAUUAAAUUCGUUAAUCGAGGCUCCACUGUAGUUACUGAGCAGAACAGAGAGGAUGGAUAUGGUUAUCCUCUGUAAAUUGAGAAAAAGUUGGACAAGAGUAGAUAGGUGAAGUUUGAUAUUCAGAUGAGUAAAAAAAAAUUGGGUUUACUUCAGGGAAACCAUUUAGUUAGUAAUAUGUAGCUUACAGAUAUAUUUCUGUAUCAGAUAUGUGAAAAUUUUUAUCUUUUCCAGCCAAAUGGGGGAAGCUACAUAUCCCUCUUGCUCAGUGAUAAUGAGACUAGUCUCUGUGCGAUGAGCUUCUCAGUGUCUUGUGCAGUCAUUGGUAGCCAUAUCCUUAUACCAAUUCUCUUUCAAUCCAAAAAUAAAGAAAUUUAGGUACAAUCUUUUA